CAUCCAAUGGAAGUGUCCAUAUUGAUGGAAGGAUUCAUACAAUUUCGGGACGAGAGCAAGAAUAGUGGUCUUCAUCCUCUCAUAUACAUAAUUGUGAGUCGUAUACUUUCAACCUUCCUUCAUGUUCAUCCAUUUAUCGAUG